CUGAGUGGGACUGGUGACACUCCUCUCACAGCAUGGAAAACACACCUCAGUCCGGCCUCUACCUCUAGACUAAUUUCCCACAACUUCAAUUUCGGAUUAUGGAUUCCUCUACAAACAGUUUGGAUGACGCGUCAGCAGACAGCAGCGCUGAGUUCCCAGACCGAGCUUCUAUGAUGGAGGUGCGUCUGCAGGCGCAGGAGGAUGAGAUCACGCUGCUGAAAUCCUCACUGGCUGAUGCCCUGCGCAGGAUCCGCCUCCAUGAUCAGCUCUUACCAUUACUAAAACAGCAGCUCAUUGCAGUGAACCCAGGCGCUGCCAGAGUGCUGAACCAAGUCUGCUGCUCAGAUGGUUGCACCAGCAGCAGGAAACUGUCCUCCAGCUCAGCCGUCGAUGGGAUCUGCCACCGUGCUACCAGCCAACUGUCAGACAGCGUUCUGACCAAUGCAAAUGGCCACACAGAAAGUCCAGUGUCCGUGAAUUUGAGACCCAGGCCAGCGACACUGGACAGGUCAACCCAGACAGAGCGCAUCCUCCCAGGGCAGGACACUGGGCAGCACAGGGCCCCUCUCCCAAGGCGGGUCCUGAGUCUACAGCUGGAGGACGCCCUCCCUCCAGGGAAGCCGGAGGUUGAGGGGACGCAGGCCAAGCUCCACCGUGUCCCUGGCUUGGAAGAGGAGGAUGAGGAGCAUGAGGAAAAUGAAGAAGGAGGGGAGCCGGAGAAGGAGCUGAGCUGGACGUCGUCCGUGGAGGAGCCCAUUCAGCCCACCACGAUCCGAGGCCUCCAGAGGGACGACUGUCAGGAUGGAAGCUGUUCUCCAGAGGAGCUGGGCUCUGCCUCGGCCUCAGUCAGAACCUCGGACCAGAACCUCAGCCCCCGCUCUGGCCCCCUGACCCCCAUCCAGGAAGGAGAGAAGAAACCUUUGGUUCGUAGGAACAGUGAGAAACUGGGAAAUCCGGAGAGGCAGCGGAAACGUCUGGACAAGAAGGCGGCAUCCUCGGCCAACCUCCUCACCCGCUCCCCCAGCCUGGAGAAUCGAGCUAAGGAGCUGGUCACCGGUGCAGGAUCCCCCGGAUCCAGAAGAGGAACUUACAGCCAAGAAAUGUCAAUCAAAAUGUUCAUCCGAGGCCGGCCCAUCACCAUGUACAUCCCCACUAACAUCCACAACUAUGAAGACCUGAAGAUGGAGCCGCCCUCUGAGAGACUGGAGCUGGACUGGGUCUAUGGUUACCGGGGACGGGACUGCCGGGCCAACCUGUACUUCCUUCCAACGGGCGAGGCAGUGUACUUCAUCGCCUGUGUGGUUGUGCUUUACCACAUCAACAACCGCACACAACGCCACUAUCAAAAACACACAGAUUGUGUCCGCUGUCUGACCCUCCAUCCUGACAAGGUGCGCAUGGCGUCUGGCCAGAUGUCCGGGGUGGAUAAAGACGGCAAGCCCCUGCAGCCUUGUGUUCAUAUUUGGGACUCCAUCACCCUGGUCACCCUGCAGCAGAUCGGCCUGGGAACCUUCCAGAGGGGGGUGGGAUUAGUCGCCUUCUCCUUUGCUGAUUCUGGAGCGUUCCUGUGUGUGAUCGAUGACUCUAAUGAGCACAUGCUGUCAGUGUGGGACUGCAACAAGGGGACCAAGCAUGCGGAGGUCAAGAAUACCAACGAAGCUGUGUUCGCUGUGGAGUUUAACCCGAGCGAAAGUGCCAACAUCAUCACCUGCGGCAAAUCCCACGUCUACUUCUGGACGCUCAGCGCAGGACAGUUCACCAAGAAACAGGGCAUCUUUGGAAAAUACAAGAAGCCCAAGUUCAUCCAGUGCUUUGUGUUCAGUCUGACUGGAGAUGUUCUCACCGGGGACUCCGAAGGAAACAUCCUGACGUGGGGAAAGUCCGCCGCAGACGUCAAAACGCUCGGCAAAGGAGCCAAAGAGACCUUCCAGAUCAUGAAACAGACCAGGGCCCAUGAAGGCAGCGUGUUCACCCUGUGCACCCUGCAGGGCGGCUCCCUGCUCAGUGGAGGAGGGAAAGACCGUAAGAUCGUCCGCUGGAGCGCCGACCUGGCACCUGAGAGAGAGUGUGAGAUUCCAGAGAAAUAUGGAGCAGUCCGUACCAUUGCAGAUGUGGACGGGGAGGAACUAUUAGUUGGUACAACCCGCAAUGCCAUCCUCAGAGGCACCUUCUCAGACGGAUUUGUGGCCAUAGUGCAGGGUCAUGUAGAUGAGAUGUGGGGGCUGGCUACCCACCCCUCUCAGAGCAUCUUCAUCACCUGUGGCCACGACAGGCAGGUGUGUUUGUGGAACGCAGAGGAACACAAGCUGGACUGGUGCAUCACCCUGGAGGAUUAUGGGUUGUGUGCUGGUUUCUGCCCGAAUGGAUCAGUGGUUUCAGUCGGCCUCAGCACAGGAAGGUGGAUGGUCCUUGACCUGCGGACCAGAGAGGUAGUCUCUGAGUCCACUGAUGGCAACGAGCAGCUGUCUGUCAUGAGAUACUCACCAGAUGGCAGCUUUCUAGCUGUUGGAUCCCAUGACAACUUUAUUUACAUCUACAGUGUGACCGAGAGUGGCCGGCGCUACACCCGCUUCGGGAAAUGUAACGGCCACUCCAGCUUCAUAACUCACCUGGAUUGGUCCAAAGAUGGAAAGUACAUAAUGUCUAAUUCAGGCGACUAUGAGAUCCUUUACUGGGACAUAGCAGCCGGGUGUAAACUGCUGAGGAAUCGCUUUGAGAGCAAAGACAGAGAAUGGGCCUCCUAUACCUGUGUGCUGGGCUUCCAUGUCAUGGGUGUGUGGCUGGAGGGCUCAGACGGCACAGACAUCAACGCCCUGUGCCGCUCCCACAGUGAGAGGGUGGUGGCUGUGGCUGACGACUUCUGUAAAGUCCACCUCUUCCAAUACCCCUGUCCUAAACCUAAGGCACCGAGCCACAAGUACGAGGGCCACGGCAGCCACGUCACCAACGUCUGCUUCACCCACAACGACUCCCACCUGCUCUCCAUGGGUGGGAAGGACACGUGCAUCCUCCAGUGGAGGGUGAUGAGAGGGGGGGGCGGCGACAGAAGGGAGAGACUGGCCUCGGCCUCGGCCACCUCCACCUCCACCAGCUCUCCAGAACCUGCCACCAGCUAGGAAGGAGCCCACACGUUGUUA